UGUGUGUGUGUGUGUGUGUGUACGCACACACACACUAGCUGGUUUCCUUAGACAGUUGAUGUAUGGCAUUUAUUCAUCCUGCCCUGUUUAUUCUCCAUAAUCAAUGAAUUAUGGUAAAAAGGAAAAUCAGAAGUGGCCAAAUACUAUUCGAGGUCAUUGGAACUGAGAUGUUAGUUCUUAAGCUUGAGACUCGUGACAUCUUUUGUCCAGGCAGGCAUCCAGUUAAAGGGGAAGUAAACUAUUUUCAUGUUAGAUUUUUUUUUUUUUUAGAGGAUUACAAAUAGCUCACGCAUUAGUCAGUUUAUAAACCAUCCUGUUCCCAGCUGUAUUUCUAGUGCACUCAAUGGGUCCAUGGGUAUCCAUUGUUGUUUGUUUUGCUGCAAAAAAUAGACAUCUCUCCAUGUUCAUAGAUGUAGUCUCUUGAGGACACAGCAGCAGCCCAUCCUCUGAGGAGGUGUGGCAUAGUGUGCACGGGGUUGUCUUUGUAUUUGCAAGGGCUAAGAAUUCACUGAAGUCCACACAUACUGCACUGACCAGAGCUCCUGGCUGAUCGCCUGUGAUCUCCAGUCAUCUCUUUGGCUGUAAAGCCCGGAUGGAGGCUUUGAUCACAUGAACUUGAACUGGGUAAAGGCAGAUGCUUUCUCACUAAGCCAGAGAAGGCUGGUUUUCAGUGUGUGUGUAGUCAUAUCCACUGAUGAAGGCAGCAGUACCUGUCCAAAGGUCAGUGUAGUUCUACCUUGUUCAACAAGCAGCACAACCACACUGGUUGAUUCGAAAGUAUCUGAAGAGGCUCAGGGAAUAAAUGGGAAGACACCAGCGAAUCGCUCAGCUGCAUGUCCAAAGCCGCAAGUGCCUCCAAAGCCCUUACAUCUGCAGAAUUCACCUUCAUCCAAAAUACACCCAACUCCCAGGCAUAAAGCUUUACCUAGUGCAAAACCCAGGAUGGAGGAAGUUAAACCUGCCUCUGCACCUUGUAUGUCGAAAGAAAAAUCCAGUAAGGUUUCAGAUCUCAUCAGUCGCUUUGAAGGAGGCAGCACAUUAUCAAAUUCCAGUGAUCUGAAAAAAGAUCCUGCGGUGAACCUAAAUGCUCCUCGAACCCCAGGACGGCCUGGCUUGACACCCACUUCUCCAGCAAAGCUCCUCACCCAGCACCCACCACAGAAACAGGGAAAUGAUCCCAGUCUGACUCAGGGCGAACAGACUUGUAUGGCCAAUGGCAUAAUGGCGGCACUAAACCAGACAGAAUGUGAUGAGGAACAAGCGACCUCUCCCAGCCCCACUGCACCUUCGCAAGCUGCUGAACCCCUGCAGGAAACUCACCUCAUCAAUGGAGAAAUAAAUGAAAUGGCCACCAAUGCUGCAACCCUCACAACCCAUGACCAUGACGGAGAUGUUUCCCAUAGUAGCUGCAGGACCCCAAGCACAGACGCGGUGCUUCCCCUAAACAAAGGACAGGAGGACACAAAGGACAAGAAGCAAGACAGGGACAAUGGUACAAGCCCCUUGGAACCAGAGCAACUGGACCAGCACCUUGAGAUGAAGGAAACUAAUGAGCAAAAACGUCACAAAAUAGCCAAUGAACUUUUGCUGACAGAAAGAGCUUAUGUGAAUCGACUGGACCUAUUAGAUCAGGUAUUUUAUUGCAAGUUAUUGGAAGAAGCAAACAGAGGCUCAUUCCCCGCAGAGAUGGUUAAUAAAAUCUUUUCUAACAUUUCAUCAAUAAAUGCCUUCCAUAGUAAAUUCCUCUUGCCAGAGCUGGAGAAACGAAUGCAAGAAUGGGAAACCACUCCUAGAAUUGGAGACAUCCUUCAAAAAUUAGCACCAUUCCUAAAGAUGUAUGGAGAAUACGUGAAAGGAUUUGACAAUGCAAUGGAGCUGAUUAAGACUAUGACAGAGCGUGUUCCCCAGUUCAAAUCAGUGAUUGAAGACAUUCAGAAACAGAAGGUCUGUGGGAGCUUAACUUUACAACAUCACAUGCUGGAACCUGUUCAGCGGAUUCCACGGUAUGAGAUGCUUCUUAAGGACUACCUAAGAAAAUUGCCUCCUGACUCUCCAGACUGGAACGAUGCAAAAAAAUCACUUGAAAUUAUUUCUACAGCAGCAAGCCAUUCUAAUAGCGCAAUAAGAAAAAUGGAGAACUUGAAGAAACUCUUGGAGAUAUAUGAAAUGUUAGGAGAAGAAGAAGACAUUGUAAAUCCUUCCAAUGAAUUAAUAAAAGAAGGACAGAUCCUCAAACUCGCUGCCCGGAACACCUCAGCACAAGAACGCUACCUAUUCCUAUUCAACAACAUGUUGCUAUACUGUGUACCCAGAUUCAGCUUGGUGGGCUCAAAAUUCACAGUUCGGACCAGAGUUGGCAUUGAUGGGAUGAAUAUUGUAGAGACACAGAACGAAGAGUAUCCCCAUACUUUCCAGGUGUCUGGGAAAGAGAGGACGCUGGAACUGCAGGCCAGUUCUGAACAAGACAAAGAAGAAUGGAUCAAGGCCCUUCAAGAGACUAUUGAUGCUUUUCAUCAGAGGAAUGAAACUUUCAGAAAUGCAAUUGCAAAGGAUAAUGACAUUCACUCAGAGGUUUCUACUGCUGAAUUAGGAAAAAGAGCUCCAAGAUGGAUUCGAGAUAAUGAAGUGACUAUGUGCAUGAAAUGCAAAGAGCCCUUCAAUGCCCUGACCAGGAGGAGGCACCACUGUCGGGCUUGUGGACAUGUGGUUUGUUGGAAAUGUUCAGACUACAAAGCUCAACUUGAGUAUGAUGGUGGAAAAUUGAACAAAGUCUGCAAAGACUGUUAUCAAAUACUAAGUGGAUUCACCGACAGUGAAGAAAAAAAAAGGAAAGGAAUUUUAGAGAUUGAGUCCGCAGAAGUGUCUGGAAACAGUGUGGUGUGCAGCUUCCUUCAGUACAUGGAAAAGUCAAAACCUUGGCAGAAAGUUUGGUGUGUGAUCCCCAAGCAAGACCCCCUCGUGCUGUACAUGUAUGGCGCCCCACAGGAUGUCAGAGCACAGGCCACCAUUCCCCUUCUGGGCUACAUCGUGGAUGAUGUACCCCGGAGUGCAGAUCUUCCCCACAGCUUCAAACUGACCCAGUCUAAGUCCGCACACAGCUUCGCAGCUGACACUGAGGACCUGAGACAGAAAUGGCUGAAAAUCAUCCUCAUGGCUGUCACAGGUGAGACCCCAGAGCGGGCCCAGGAGCACUUUGUCACCAUAGAAGAGCAAACCGACCUGAAGAGCAAAUCUGAGUCCUGAACUUCAGGGGCAGCCGUGACCCCUAGACAUUCCUUAGCUCUCUUUCCCCAUCCCUUCAUGCUUCAUGGUGAAAGCUAGAGGCUCAUCAAUGCUUCUUCUGGGACACUGUUUCUCUCCAUUUGUGUCCUCUGAGUAAAAUCCAUGCGCAGAGCCAUUCUUUUGAUAAAAUUUAGAAAUAAUGUGAAGAAUGGAGUGUUUUCUUUUGAAGUGAGCUAUUCCAUAAUUGUGGACAUUUGUCUUGAGGCUAGAAUGGGCCACUUUGAUUUAAGAAAUCCUUCAGUGCUGGACACUGGUAGCUUAGCCUGUCAUCCUAGCUACUCAAAAGGCUGAGAUCUGAGGAUCACAGCUGAAAGCCAGCCAAAGCAGGAAAGUGGGUGAGAUGCUGAUCUCCACUUAACUAGCAAGAAACUGGAAAUGGAGCUGUGGCUCAAGUAGUAGGUAGUAGGAUGCCAGUCUUGAGAAAAAAAAAGGCAAAAUGAGUGCAAGGCCCUGAGUUCAAGUACCGGCACACACCCAAAAACUUCCCUCAGUGUCCUUUUCCCAUUUAGGAACUAUAACCGUUUAAAAGAUAUACCUCCUUGUUGCCAUGGUGAGAGGUACAUGGACAGUUUAGGGUAUUGUGUUAAUUUAUUUUGUUUAUAAAUCUCAAGCUACAUACAUGAUCUAUGUUCUUUUACAAAGAGGAAAAAGGACAAAUUGUUGGUGUUCAGAGUUUUUGACUUAUGAAGAAAAGAUAAUUGUUUUUGUAGGUGUACUCCUAAGAACACAUUAUCUAAAGCAAAUAGCAAUUGUCUGUAUAUAGGGGUAAAAAAUAAUUAUAUAACAUAUACAUGCUUAGCUCCUCACUUUAGGUGCACAUCCUUCUCUAUUUUUUAAAUAGAAAGCAUGUCUUAUCUUAGAAUGGAACGGUAUUCUCAACUUUGGACAUGUUCUGUUGAUUUAUGUUUAAUUGAUUAUCCUCUAAGGGUAUUGAUAUUUUUUAUAAUAAGAAAAAGCAGUAAUUUAUGUGACAUGGGAUAUAUUAGUGAAUUUCAACAGUAUUUUUUAGAGGACUCUUCUUUUUGUUCUGUGCCUAUUUAAAACAGCCUUUCAUAGAAGGUGCUAUUAAUACCUAUUUAAAUAUAAAAUGAAGAUUUAGUUAAGUGUUUCAGUCUUUAUAUUGAAAUUAGAGUGCUUUUUAGUCAGGGGGGUGGUCAAAGUCAUACGGGUUAUUUUAUCUUUUACCAUAAUAUAAUGGUGGUAAUAGCUAGUGUCUGCAGUGUUCAAAAAUGGUUUUACCAAAACUUGAACUGCGUGGAACACCUGAACUUACACAAAACUGAGACAUAUGGGACCUUCAUUUAUUGUCAUAUUUUCCUUUUUUUGUAAAGCUAUUAUGCCUGGUUAAAUAAGGAGUACAGACAAUGAACACUUAGGGUAAUUUGUGGGCCUGUCCCUCUGCCAGAUACUAAACCAAGUUCACACACAGUGACCCAUGCUUGGGCAGGGCAUAGUAGGCAGCCAAGAAAGGAAAGUUUGGUAAUCCACCUCAGAGAAAAGAAAGGGAAAAACAAUUUUGAAAAGGAAUAUUUUAAUGACAAGUUUUGGGGAAUACAAAUGAUGGAAGAAAAUAUGGUGGAUUUUCUUCACCUUUUUAUGCUCUGGAAUUUCAGUAGAUAAAUUAGGAUUUCUUGACCUGAAAACUGAUCUUCCUUAUACUGUAGUUGUGGUUACAAAUCUCACAUGGGGAAAAAAAAAAAAAAACUAUGAGAUUUUAUUUUUAUAAUAUUAAAUUAUUUUGUCAUUUAACAUUAAAGUAACUACUUGAACAACAGAAUAGCUUACUUCUUAUGCCCUAUUAAAUCAGAACCAAAGUAAAAGACAUUUUACAUUGCUUCUCUUUUCUAGUCACCAACUGUAGUGGUUGUAUGUGAGGGAAAAAAAGCGAGAAAUGGAGGGAGAUGGCUCUCAGGCCUCAGGCCUGCAUGUGAUUCAGCUAAUGAAACUACAGGACUACAGGAUAGGUGAUGCUUGGCUUUGAUCCUCAAGAUCAGAGAGACAAUGAAAAUAUAGCAUAUCAGAGGAAGACAUCUUGAACAUGGCUAGCACAGUCAAUCUGUGUGCCACUUGGAAGAUUUAUGUCCAGUUAUUUUUGGAAACUGUUUGAACAGCAAGAUGAUUACACUUUUGCUAGCAUUAAUUCCAGAAUAGAA